AUGGGGCCCGCCGGGCUGCUCCGGUACCUGGCGGCCGUGUGCGCGCUGUGUGCGCCCCUGCAGCUGCCGCAGGCCCAGGCGUCCUACUACCCCCCCCACAGCGGGGAGUGUGGAGGCCAGGGCAAGGAGUGCACAGACCUGUCGGAGAAGAAGAGCGACCUGCGGGUGUGCGAUGACUCGUCCUGUCGCUUCGGAGGCGUGUGCAGAGACGACGGCGCUCAGCUCAAGUGUGUCUGCCAGUUCCAGUGCCACAAAAACUACAUCCCUGUGUGCGGCUCCAACGGCGACACGUACCAGAACGAGUGCUACCGGCGCCAGGCGUCCUGCAAGCAGCAGAGACUCAUCUCCCGGGGGUCCGACGGCCCCUGCUCCGCCGAUCCCGGCUCCGGCUCAGGAGACGGAGACGACGACGAAGGUUCCGGCUCAGACGUCGGGAAGAAGUUCACCAAGUGCAGCACCUGCAAGUACGGAGCCGAGUGUGACGAGGACUCGGAGGACGUGUGGUGCAUAUGCAACAUCGACUGCAGCGGCCACAACGAGAACCCGGUGUGCGCCACCGACGGAAACUCCUACAACAACCCGUGUCUGGUCCGGGAGGCGUCGUGCAUGAAGCAGGAGCAGAUCGACGUCAAGCACCUGGGCAGGUGCCCUGCUGAUAAAGAAAAAAUGGGGAAGAAAGACGACAGCAGCCCUUUCAAAAUAAAUGUCUUAGAAACCACAGGUCUGGACCACGGGGACGGGUUCUUCGCCGGGAUGCCGAUCCCCUGCGCCGACGGCUGCGUUCACGGGAAAUGUGAGAUCAAGUACAACAUGCAGGCCACCUGCAGAUGUGACUCGGGUUACAAAGGGCCGCAGUGCGACGAGCCUCAGGACUUCAACAUCCUGUACGUGGUCCCCAGUGGACAGAAGCUGCACUACGUCCUCAUCGCCGCCAUCAUCGGUGCCGUGCAAAUCGCCAUCAUCGUCGCCGUGGUGAUGUGCAUCACAAGGAAAUGUCCAAAAAACAACCGAGGUCGCCGACAGAAACAGAACCUCGGACACUUUUCCUCGGACACUAACUCCCGGAUGGUAUAG